GGGGAGAGAUCCAGGGAUAACAAACUGCUGAGGAACAGGACAGCGUCCCCCAAACACAGACUAAGUGUCCAAACACCACAGUUAAGCCACGUAAGACAAGGAAAAAAAGACCUUCUCCACCUGGUGAAGGGAGCUGGAAGCAACCCGUGGCAAAACCCCGGGUUCGUUUUGGCUGGAAAAGCCCCCAAAGAUGCAUCAAAAGCCCCCAAAGAUGCAUCAAAUCCAAGCUAGGAUCAUCAAACGCAGUGGCACACUCGGGCUUCCAACUAGGGCACCCUCGGAGCUGCUGGGAAGGGUGGGCACAGAGGUCCCUCCGGGCGGGCACGCACCAGAAAUACUUCAAGGACACGGCGGGGCCCCGGGGGGGGUAUUACAGUUAGCAUCAGGUGGCGUUAAGCAAAGUGCUCCAAGAAAUAAAUAGGUCACUGCCCUCGGAGGGUGAGCAAAACAAAACCGAGCUCCCAAAUCAACCCAAGUGGUCCUGCCACAAGCCAGGGAAGAGCCAAGGAAGUGCCACACGCGAUCCUGAGGCAGAAUCACCUCCAUCCUCCAGCUGUCGGAGCCGUGGAGUUUGUUAGCCCGAGCCAGGUGGAGAGGGAAUCCUCAGCAAAUGGGCAAGUGAAGCUGCCCUGUAAGGCAGCUCCCAUCCUCCAGCUGUCGGAGCCGUGGAGUUUGUUAUCCCGAGCCAGAUGGAGAGGGAAUCCUCAGCGAAUGGUCGGUGAAGCUGCCCUGCGAGGCAGCUCCAGCUGUGGGUUUGUUUGCCUGGAGUCGGGACCAAAAGGCUGAUAAAAAACCCACAACUUGCUCGGGCUGGGGAGAGAACAAAACUGCCCAGAACUCAGGGAGCAGAGCUAAGAGAAUUGAUAGGAUCAUGGAAUGGGUUGGAAGGGACCUUCGAGGGUUCCAACCCCACCCUGCCGUGGGCAGGGACACCUCCCACCAGCCCAGCUCUCAUCCAGCCCGGCCUCGAACACCUCCAGGGAGAGGGCUUUAUGCCUGACACCCAACCUGCUCCGGCUGUCCCCUCCCCGCUCAAGUCCCCUCCCCGCUCAGGUGUCCUCAGCAGCUCUGCACAACCGCAGCGCUGCCGCUUUAAGAGAGCGUCGGGACGGACAGACAGACGGACGGGACGGACAAGUCGCGGGCAGGUGCGCCCCUAGCAAUAGCACCGGCUGCGACGGGAUGGGUUGUUCGUGCCCCGGCGGUCGGGCAGCUCCAGGGAUGCUGCUCGUCCUCCUCCUCCAGCGCUGCCUCCAGCUCCUCCUCUUGCCCAUCCACGCUCUGGCCUGCCUGGGCUUGUGGGACUCCUUCUACAAGAGACUCUUCCCGCACGUAAUGGCCAAAGUGGCUCCUGUCUACAACCACAAGGUCUACAAGCAGAAACAGGAACUCUUCAGCAGCUUAAGGAGAUUUGCAGGGCCCUUAGGCCAGCUCAGGUUGCUGGAGAUUGGCACAGGCACUGGCACCAACUUCCAGUUCUACCCAGCAGGCUGCCGCCUGACCUGCACCGACCCCAACCCCAACUUCAGGAUGUUCAUCCUCAAGAACCUCCUGCAGAACCAGCACCUCCAGCUGGAACGUUUGGUGGUGGCUUCUGGUGAGGACCUGCACCAGGUGGCAGACGGCAGCAUGGACGUGGUGGUCUGCACCUUGGUGCUGUGCUCGGUGAGCAGCAUCAGGAGGGUCCUGGAGGAGGUGCUGCGAGUGCUCAGGCAGGGUGGAGCUUUCUACUUUUUGGAGCAUGUGGCUGCAGACCACUGCAGUUGGACCUACUUUUGGCAACAGGUCUGUGACCCAUUCUGGAAGUACUUUGGGGAUGGCUGCUGCCUGAGCAGGGAGACGCAGGAGGAGCUGGAGAAAACCAACUUCUCGGAACUGAACCUGAGGCACUUCCAUGUCCCACCCUGCUGGAUCCCCACCAGCCCCCACAUCAUUGGGUAUGCAGUAAAAUAAAGGACCCUGAGCAGCCUGA